AGCAGUCGGCGGUGCUCGGAAACAGCCGCGGAACGCAGGGUUUGGCUGGCGCUGCGGCUGCAGAAUGGUCGGCGGCGGCGGUGGGAAGCGCAGGCCCGGCGGGGAGGGGCAACAGAGUGAAAAAACAGUUGAUGUAAAGAAGAGCAAAUCCUGUGAAGCUGAUGUCUCUAGUGACCUUCGGAAAGAAGUAGAAAACCAUUAUAAGCUUUCCCUUCCUGAAGAUUUCUAUCAUUUCUGGAAGUUCUGUGAAGAGCUUGAUCCUGAGAAGCCAGCUGAUUCACUUUCCACGAGCCUUGGACUUCGAUUAGUGGGUCCUUACGAUAUCCUUGCUGGAAAACACAAAGUGAAGAAAAAACCAACAGGCAUCAAUUUUAACCUUCACUGGAGGUUUUACUAUGAUCCUCCUGAGUUCCAGACCAUUAUUAUUGGAGAUAAUAAAACUCAGUACCACAUGGGGUAUUUCAGGGAUUCCCCUGAUGAACUUCCUGUAUAUGUUGGUAUAAAUGAAGCAAAGAAAAAUUGUGUAAUUGUUCAACAUGGGGAUAAUGUGUUUGCUGCAGUCAAAUUAUUUUUGAUGAAAAAGCUUAAAGAAGUAACAGAUAAAAAGAAGACUAGUCUCUUGAAAAACAUAGAUGACAAACUCACAGAAGCAGCCAGGGAGCUGGGAUAUUCACUGGAACAGAGAACCGUGAAGAUGAAACAGAGAGAUAAGAAAGUUGUGACAAAGACGUUUCAUGGAGCAGGCUUGGUAGUUCCAGUAGAUAAAAAUGAUGUUGGCUACAGAGAGCUCCCUGAAACAGAUGCUGACCUCAAGAGAAUUUGCAAGGCAAUUGUUGAGGCUGAAAGUGAUGAACAGAGAUUAAAAGCUUUUGCGCCCAUUCAGGAAAUGAUGACCUUUGUGCAGUUUGCCAAUGAUGAAUGUGAUUAUGGCAUGGGGCUUGAGCUGGGACUGGAUCUUUUUUGCUAUGGUUCACAUUAUUUUCAUAAAGUUGCUGGCCAGCUCUUACCUCUUGCAUAUAACCUGUUGAAGAGGAAUCUGUUCGCAGAAAUUAUAGAAGAUCAUCUGUCAAACAGAAGUACAGAGAAUGUAGACCAACUUGCGGCAUAAGUGAGAUUGGCUUUGAUGUAAAGCUUUACUGUAAAACUUAAUUUUUGUUCUUAAGGAAUACAGAAAAUAAACUGAUGGAAACUUUA